GAAAAAGAGAGAGAGAGAGAGACACAGAGAGAGCUGGGGCGGCCUGCCUGCUGGCGGGGAAGCCUCAAAGGUGCAGGCCCCGAGCCCCUCGAGAAAGGGGAGGUGGCGCCGGGGCAGGGGGGAAGCCAUGGAGCUGUGGCGGCAGUGCACCCACUGGCUGAUCCAAUGCCGCGUGCUGCCCCCGAGUCACAGGGUGACCUGGGACGGGGCUCAGGUGUGCGAGCUUGCCCAGGCCCUGCGUGAUGGCGUCCUGCUCUGCCAGCUUCUCAACAACCUGCUCCCCCAUGCCAUCAACCUCCGCGAGAUCAACCUGCGUCCCCAAAUGUCGCAGUUCUUGUGUCUUAAGAACAUUCGCACUUUCCUGUCCACCUGCUGCGACAAAUUCGGCCUCAAGCGGAAUCAGCUGUUCGAAGCCUUCGACCUGUUUGACGUGCAGGACUUUGGGAAGGUCAUCCACACCCUGUCUGCUCUGUCAUGGACGCCCAUCGCCCAGAACUCGGGGAUCAUGCCCUUCCCCACCGAUGAGGACAAUGUCGGGGACGAUGACAUUUACAGCGGCCUAUCUGACCAGAUCGACGACACGGUGGAGGAGGACGAGGACCUGUACGACUGUGUGGAGAAUGAGGAGGCGGAGGGCGACGAGAUCUACGAGGACCUGAUGCGCUCGGAGCCGCCGCCCGUGCAGGCUCAGCACAAGAUGACCGAGUACGACAAGCGCUGCUGCUGCCUGAGGGAGAUCCAGCAGACCGAGGAGAAGUACACCGACACGCUGGGCUCCAUUCAACAGUAUUUCAUGAAGCCCUUGCAACGCUUCCUCAAGCCUCAAGACAUCGAGACCAUCUUCAUCAACAUCGAGGACCUGCUUCGAAUUCACACUCAUUUCAUCAAGGAAUUGAAGGAAGCCCUGAGCAUCCCUGGAGCCCAAAGUCUCUACCAGGUCUUCAUCAAGUACAAGGAGAGGUUCCUGGUCUACGGACGAUACUGUAGCCAGGUGGAGUCAGCCAGCAAACAUCUGGACCAAGUUGCUUCAGCCCGAGAGGACGUCCAGAUGAAAUUAGAGGAAUGUUCUCAGCGUGCCAACAAUGGGAGGUUCACACUGAGGGACCUGCUGAUGGUACCCAUGCAGCGAGUACUUAAGUACCACCUACUUCUGCAGGAGCUGGUGAAACACACGCAGGAGCCGGUGGAGAAGGAGAACCUGAGACUGGCCCUGGACGCCAUGAGGGACCUGGCACAGUGUGUGAAUGAGGUCAAGAGGGACAACGAGACCCUGAGACAGAUCACCAACUUCCAGUUGUCCAUCGAGAACCUGGACCGGUCUUUGGCUAACUAUGGCCGGCCCAAGAUUGAUGGUGAGCUCAAGAUCAUUUCUUCAGAGCGACGCUCCAAGAUGGACAGGUACGCCUUCCUCCUGGACAAAGCCUUGCUCAUCUGUAAGCGCCGAGGGGACUCCUACGACCUCAAGGAUUUCGUCAGUUUGCACAGCUUCCAAGUCCGAGACGACACCUCCGGGGAACGAGACAACAAGAAGUGGGCUCACAUGUUUUUCCUGAUCGAAGAGCAAGGCGCUCAGGGCUACGAGCUCUUCUUCAAGACGCGCGAGCUGAAGAGGAAGUGGAUGGAGCAGUUUGAGAUGGCCAUCUCCAACAUCUACCCAGAGAACGCCGCGGCCAAUGGGCAUGACUUCCAGAUGUUCUCUUUCGAAGAGACCACGUCUUGCAAAGCUUGCCAGAUGUUGCUGAGAGGGACCUUCUACCAAGGCUACCGUUGCCACCGGUGCCGCACCCCUGCACACAAGGAGUGUCUGGGGAGGGUCCCUCCUUGUGGUCGCAAUGAUUUUUCAGGCACCACGAAGAAGGACAAGCUGUACCGCAGGGCUCAGGAGAAAAAGAAUGAGCUGGGUCUGCCCAAAAUGGAGGUCUGCCAGGAAUAUUAUGGGGUGCCCCCACCGCCCGGGGCCUUUGGACCCUUUCUGAGGCUCAACUCCGGCGACAUUGUGGAACUCACCAAGGCUGAAGCCGAACACAACUGGUGGGAGGGCAGAAAUACAGCAACCAAUGAAGUUGGCUGGUUUCCCUGUAACCGGGUCAAACCCUACGUCUAUGGUCCCCCUCAGGACCUGACCAGUCACCUCUGGUACGCCGGCCCGAUGGAGCGUGCUGAGGCAGAGAACAUCCUCAGCAACCGUUCUGAACGAACCUUCCUGGUGCGGCAGAGGGUGAAGGACUCGGCGGAAUUUGCCAUCAGCAUUAAGUACAAUGUUGAGGUCAAACACAUUAAAAUCAUGACAGCAGAAGGACUAUACCGGAUUACAGAGAAGAAGGCUUUCCGGGGACUUAAGGAACUGGUUGAGUUUUAUCAACAGAACUCACUCAAGGAUUGCUUCAAAUCGUUAGACACCAGCCUGCAGUUCCCCUUCAAGGAGCCUGAGAGGAGAACCAUCAGCAAAGCCCCAGCGUCGGUGGGUGGCACCAAGUAUUUCGGCACAGCCAAAGCUCGCUAUGACUUCUGCGCCCGUGACCGGUCAGAGCUGUCUCUGAAGGAAGGUGACAUCAUCAAGAUCCUUAAUAAGAAGGGACAGCAAGGCUGGUGGAGAGGAGAGAUCUAUGGCCGGGUUGGUUGGUUCCCUGCCAACUACGUGGAAGAGGACUACUCGGAGUACUGCUGAGUCCUGAGGCACCGGCAGAGAGAUGAGAAACCCAGGAUGUGUGGACAGUGGGCUAGGGCAGCAGCAGGUCCCCGGCUGCAGGUUCGAGACUUCCUGGGCCAGCACCUAGUCAUUGAGGUUCCCGGGAAAGACCCCCGGAUUAAUUUAUGAUAAACGGAUUCUCCCUCGGGGCCCUUUUGGGAAGGCUCCGGGGUCACUGCUGAAAAUAAAGUUAUGACUUUUACUUUAUGAAA